AUGUUGAUGAAAAUACUCAUCAUAUUCGGCCUUCUUGCCUCCAUCGCCAACGCCCAAGUGGAUCGAGACUGGAGUUUCCAGAGAAUGUGUGAAUUCUGGGAUGGAGGAAGUUCGUAUCGUCCGAGACCCAAUGGAUUCAAUUCGAUCGAAGGAGACAAGUGCACGUUUGAGUACCCAGUGGCCACUGAUUCUCGGGAAUCAGCAAAACGAUACUGUGAAGAGAAUGUCCCUUAUCAUAUCAACGAUGUGACACCAGGCGAACGAACUAAAUGUUCAGCUGAGGCUACAUUGAUUUGUAAAAAUGAAUGGAUUCAAUUAUUUGGAAGAUGUUACAAAAUGACAAAGGAACUUAUGACAAGAGAUAAUGCAGUCGAACAUUGUAAGACACAGAAAGAUGAUGCCACUAUUGGAUUCCUUCAUCGAGAGACUCUCCCAUUCAGAAUCUACGAUUACUUCACACGUGUUUCCCGUCUGUGGAUAGAUGCAAGUGAAGCAAUUACAAAAGAUCUGAUCGAUGAGAAUGUGAAUGGAAAUCUUCUUUUGGCCAUCGAUGGAUACAUGUAUAACCUUCCGAAUAUAGCAUUGACACGUGUCGAUUCGAGUGAAACUGCAAUGGUUCUAUGUGAAUACACACCUCCGAUGAAUCGAGCUGAGAGCAAUCAUCUUCUGAAGAAGUACGGAGAAAUCUACUAUCCGACUGUUUCCACUUCAGAAGGAGCUUUCAUUCGAACAACUAGCAGUUUGAAUCGAAUUGAUGAGGAUUUAUUCAAAGAUAAUCGAUAUUGUUCGAGAGUUAUGAAUCCGUUCAUUCACAAUAGUAAUGCUCGAUCUGCGAUUCCGACGAGAGAAUUCUUGGAUGAAGUGAAUAAAGUUCAGAAUGGACUCAUCAUCAGAACUGCUGCAUUCUCGAAAAACUCGAAAAAAGCUGAACGAAUGAAAGCUACUUGUGCCCCUUAUACAGGAGCAGUUCAUAAUGUUUUGCUGAUAGACGCUGAUGGAAAACAGCUUUCUCAAUUGGUGGAUAAGUCAUUAUGGAGAAAAGACGAACCAAAGGAAACGUGUGACGCUGGAUCGUGGAGUUCCGCUUUAGUUUCAGGACGCGACGGAAGUCCAGGACUUGAAGCAAUGUCGGAUGCUCGCUAUGCUCCAAUCUACUGUCAAAACAUUGUGGACACUUAUUCGUAUGGAGAUUGUCCAGAUGGAUUCAAACCGUAUUAUCGAAAAGCCCUAGGCCAAAAGUGGUGUCAUCGGUUCUUCCCCGAUAAAAUGACAUUCAACGAUGCAGAAGCCCAUUGCCAGAAACAUGAUUCGCAUUUAACCGGUUAUACGGAUCCGGAUGAGUUCCGCCUAUUAAAUGAACUAAUUGGUGAUAACUUUACACCAGUUACUCCAGGCAAUUAUCAUGUAUUAGAUACGUGGAUCGGGUCUAAAAGACGUCCCGAGUGUAUAAAGACAGGAAGCGCUAAUAUUCCCGGGUACGAGAUGGAUCUUUCAUCGCCAUGUUCCCGUGUCCGUGUGUUCGAAUGGCUACAUGGAGUGGCUCCGAAUCCUCCGAACUUUGAAGCAGAUUGGGAUCAUAUUCGCGAACCGAAUUUCUUGUCCCGUCAGGAGGAGUGUCAAUCUGUGAUGAAACGAUCGAAAGAAGAGGCAACACUAAAUGACAUUGCAUGUUCAAGACCAUUUAAUUUCAUUUGUGGAAGAGAAGCACCAGUCGUCAUGAGUUCUGCCUAA